AUGUUCAAGCUCACAGUAUCGGCUGGAAAUACCAUCGAGCAGCCGCUCCGCCCGAACGAGCGGUUUUCGGGCGUGUUGGUCGUCGAGCUGUCGCGGCCUAUCUCAGCUUCGCAGAUUGUCGUCGAGCUAGUGGGCAGGGAGCGCGUCUUGCCAAACCUAAAGGUCGUCACCAAGGCCGCCAAAUCACAGCUGUUCAGCUCGAGCCUGGUGGUCUGGAAGGCUGUGCGCAAGGGCGCGGUCGCAUCGACUGUGCUUAGUGACGGUGUCCACGUGUUUAACUUUUCCUGCCAGAUGCCAUAUCUCAAUUACCCGCAGAACAUCAUCCGCCCCGAGUUUGAUAUUUCGUACACGCUCGAGAGCAAGAUUUUUGCGCCCAGCGACGCCGGUGGUUACUCUGGAGCUGGCGGCAUCGCAGCCAAAGAGCAGGUGGUUGCCGCCAUUGAACGAGAUAUGUUCUUCACGCCCAUCGUCUCUCUCCUGCCCACCCCUGACCCAAUGGUGGUUGUCGAAACGCUGUGCAUCGAAAAGAAGGGCAAGAGUGGCAAGCCGGCUGUCGAGCUUCGCGCGGCCAUCAGUGGGCACCAGGUGAUUCCAGGGAAAAAAAUGAAGAUUGACGUGUCAAUCAAAGAACUGUCAUCGGUAAAUUGGACAAAAAUCAUUGCUAGGCUGUAUGAGCGCACGAGGUGCAGAGACAGCGUGGAUGUUCCAUUUUGGCAGCCCACUUGGUCGUCGGACCGCGAGCUUGCAAGCGGCGAAAUUAUUCGCUCGUCGGUGUACAACUUUUUCAUUAACGACGAGUUAAUGGCGGCGGGCAAGCCGAGGACAGCGCGCAAGGGUAAAUAG